AGUCGCUCGACGUAGUGGUCGUUCCCGUUCCCGUUCCGUGUUCCACCGACGGUCAUUACAGUGUUCAGUGUUCUUCGCCGCCACCGGAACCGGUACUCCUGCCGGUACCGCUUGGGAGACCCUCCGGUUCAAGUGGCGUGUUGUUUGCUGGUUGCUGAGGAUCUGCUAGCUACUCCAGUGAGCGGGUGCGUGGUACAGUUCCGGUGAUAAGCAAAAGUGUGCCAGUGUAGUAGUUCAGUUCAGUUCAAAACUUCCGAUUUCCAGAUUAAGUCAUGGCGAAGCUGAAAAUAGUUGGCGGACGUCCCAUCACGAUGGAUGAGGCAAUCGAACUGCGGCAAACGGUGUUUGGAUCAGCCGCUAGUCCACCUCGCGGUGAAUGGACACGUACAGGAUUUACCUUCGGUCCAGCGAACCAAGAGUAUCCCUACGGUUUGCGAACACCGCGGAAUGCGACCAGAGGCAUGCAGUCCGUCAUUCAGGCGCACAUCAUCAAGCAAUUCAUCUUCGAUAACAAACCACGCGAAAAGUCCGUCCCGUUGGAGGAGCUGCUAAAACCGAAUGAGGCAGAACAGGCGUUGUCACUGUACACCGCGAUGUCCGACAUUCUGUGGAAUAUUGGCGAAAAGACGAAAGCGAUCGUGGCACUGCCGGGCGAAGCAUCGCACAUACCGCACAGCCACGUCUAUUUCCAGGACAAUGUGACCGAGAAGCUGUACUUUUUCGAGUUUACCAAGCUGGACGAUUUGCAGAUCUUCAUGAAGCGUUACUUGCCUUACUUCACCGAAAAUCCGGGCCCCGGAACACUCCUGUAUCUGUACAGUGCGGUGCUGACGCGCGGAAUGGAGAAUAUGCGGAAUGAUCUGGAUGCACCGAAAGGAGCACAUUUGAUGGGACCACAUGAGGAGGGAUCGCUGAACGUGAUCACGCUGCUGCUGACUGGCCGCGCAACGCCCUAUCUCCAUAACGGUGUCGUGUACGUUGGAGAUGAGGAUCAUUAUGCUGUUCCACAAUUUGGGAUUCUGAGCCGCGGUGCGAUUGGGUUGCUGGUUUGGGAAGGUGAAAACGAAGCGAUGCGUUCGGCAUCCCGCAUGCCAGGCUCACGGCUGAAAACACCGGCCACACCCGUGUGGGUUAGCUGCUGCUGUGGCCACUACGGUGUGCUGUUCAACUCGAACCGGGAGCUGCUGCGGAACUAUCAUGCCGAGAAGCGCUUCGAGUUGCAUUACUACACCUGUGCCGGCUGCUAUCUCUCGAUGACCGUCGACAACCGUGGUCAGGAGGAAGGUGGUGGUGACACCGGUGACCAGGAUGGUGAUCGGAAGCGCGAUGAUAUGAUCUCCACGCCGCUCGAGAGACUCAUCCACACGAAGUGGAUGGAUGCGAAGAUCACGUACCAUGGGGCGCUGCCGGCAUCGUUGAACUUCUAAGGCGUUCCUUUCGUGAAAGUGCCGUUGCUGGUGCAUGUUCUGCGAACGGUUGUUGAGUGUUGUGAACGGUCGUACGGUAUUACUUGAUGCGUUGAUGAUGGUAGGUUGUUCGGAAUGGUUUUGAAAAUUUUAUUUCCCAUAAACCCACGUGCCCUAUGUGUAGAGGAUGGUUCAUCCGAUUCAGGGCUAGCUUCCUGUGAAAAUACAAAGUUAGUGAAAAGCGAUUCGCGCUCAUGAUACACGUGUGUUAUCAUUUCUUGUUCCGUUGCCAAGAGCAAGAUCUUUCACGUUACACGCAGGACAGGACAGGACGCUGUAGCCUUUCUACUUGAAUAGCAACAUGUGUGCCAAGUUCCGAGUCAAAUAUUCUAUAUCGAAACAGAGCAAUAAACAUAAA